UCCUACAAGACGACACAAUCCUAUCUACAAUGAAGACUGUUUCUCUGACCGUGUUACUUUUUUUGACACUUCAUCUUGUUUCUGCCCAAAUUACCUGGACCAGAACAUGGACCACAGGCCCUAACGGAGGAGGUGGUGGGGAUUUCGGUCAGUUAUUUAGAGAACUUCUUAAUAAUAUUCCAAAUGCACCGAGCUUUAAACAAAUCAUUUAUGGAGGACCGCAUCCGUCUCGGAGACCCAGUAUUCCCCGCCCGGGUUACACGCCAAUUGUUCCUUCCAACGGACCUCCCGUACCCCCUGAGGGGCCAAACGACCAGUACAACCCCAGACCAGCAAAACCACAACCACCUAGUGACAUUAAACCUCUGUCAGCAACAUGCACAAAGGAAUACCAAAAACUUAGAGGACACACCCUCUGUAUGACAGACAAACCAAAUGUUAGCAAACAGGGUAUCACUGAGGCAACGAAGCAAGCUAUUCUUGACCAGCACAACAGGCUGAGGGCCACAGUCCAGCCACCUGCCAUGGAUUUGGUAGAACUGAAAUGGGACGAGAGACUUGCUGCCGUUGCUCAGAAAUGGGCCAAUCAGUGCGAAGCAGGUCAUGACAGGCAAAGAAGCAUUCCUUCUAUCGGGAUGUCGAUUGGACAGAAUGUUGCCGGGGGUUACCGCACGUGGGAGCAGGCGGUACAGAUGUGGUGGGAUGAAAUCGACAUGUGGACCUACGGCGUGGAACCAGACUCCUACCUGGGCCCAGGGGGCUGGAAGAAAAUUGGACAUUUUACACAGAUGGCCCAGAACGGUACCUACCUAGUAGGUUGUGGAUUUGCUGUGUGUGACAGAACAACUUUUACACGAUACUAUGUCUGUGACUAUGCAGCUGGACAAUCUAAUUUGGCUUCACCCUACACCACCGGCAGAAGAUGUAGCAAAUGUCCGAAUUUUUGCAGGAAUGGACAAUGUGAUUGCGGUGGUAAAGUUUGUUACAAUGGUGGUACCCUCAAUAUUGAAACCUGUCAAUGCGAAUGUCAGAAGUUGUACAAAGGACCUACUUGUGAGCAAUUGGAUUGUCCUGCCGAGGAUAAGUGGGUGUGUGGUAGAGACUGGACCCCGUCUUACUGUGGAAAAUUUGUCAAUGUCCCCUUCGACUGUCCCUACAUGUGUGGCAAAUGUGGCAACACAAAUGAUGCUAUAGAUGCUAUGGCUGCCGAGAGUGAAAAACCAAAACCUCCAUUUGUGUCUGCGUUCGGGUGCAAAUACGGCGGCAAACGAUCCAGUCGUCAGGAGUGUCAAGCCUAUGGGGACCGCGGGCUGGACAUCAUGCAGUGUGGUUCUAAAAAUGGCACUCUAACAUGUGCUGAUUGUAACCGAUUUUCCAACGUUAAAAGGGAAAUGUGCCCCAUCAUGUGCGGAUUAUGUGACCAUCCAUGCAAUGGAAAGGAAUGCCAGAAUGGGGGAACAUUAGAUGUUAAUACAUGUACCUGCCGAUGUGAACGUCCAUAUAUCGGCGAUAUGUGUGAAAAAGUUGAUUGCAGUAACCCAGACGAAAGUCAUUGUGAAGCCUGGCCGAAAUAUUACUGCGAAAAGUACGAUAACGUUCCCAGAGAUUGUCCCGUCAGAUGUGGACUAUGCCCCGGACCAUAAGCCUCAGUUGUUUUUAAUUCUUACAGAGAAAUCCAAUCUGCAUUUUUGACUUUUCGUGAUGAUCACGUGACAGGAGAUGACGUGAUAGGUACAAAACUUCCUGUCUGUGUAAAGUGUGUGCAUUAUUUGUUGUGUUUUAAUAUUGUUCAGCAUUUUCUGUAUGCUAUUUUCAAACAAAUGUAUAUAACUAGGUGCACUUUAAGUUUAUUUUUAGUUAAGUUAAAUAAAUUAUUACAAAACUUUUGAAA